AUGCAGUUGACGGUCGCUCAACAUUCCAUAUCACAGGUGUUGCUUCGAAUCAUCAACAGCAUGAAUGUCGAUGUUCCAACAGUUCACUGCGGCAACAACGAAAUCGAAGUUGUUUUUCGGACCGUCAAGCAGUUCUCAGGAAAAAUUUACGUCAAGGGCGAAUAUGGCAACAAAACAUGUAGCAAAUCGUACGAAACGGUCACACUGAAAGAGCCUAGUCAUAGUUGGCCAGCUAGUCAGAAAAGUCUUCUAGAUUCUUCUCUGUCGGCAAGACCCGACUCAUGUCCCCCAUGUCCGCCUUGCCAGACGGAUUCGCCGUUGCAACAAACCAUCCAACAAGAAAACGGAUACUUUGCGAAUAUUAUUGUGAAAACAGGAACGUGUAAUAUGAAAAGAGAACGAAGCGUGAGGAAAUUUCAAGCUAAACUUUACAACAAAACUGAAUAUGCAUGUUUUCAGCUGAACCCCGCAGGAGUUGUAAUAUCGUUCACCGCGGUGGUAAGUUUUCAUCGCUAUUUUAUUACCAAGGUCGAUCGAGCAUACAGAAUACGAUGUUUCUAUGUGGAAACGGACAAAACAGUUACCUCUAUGUUGUCCGUAAAUUCAUCGGUCCCUACCAAGAUUCAAGAGAACGUAGCCGCUCCAAAGUGUUUCUACUCAAUUCGCAGAAAUUUUCCUCAAGGACCGCUCGCAAAGUUCGUUAGAGUUGGUGAGCAGGUGUACCAGCAUUGGAAGUGCGAGGCAAGUGCUUCAGAUAUAUUUGGCAUACUGGUUCACAGCUGCUUAGUCAACGAUGGACAUGAACAGCAGGUGGUAGUCAUUGACGAUAAAGGAUGUUCCCUAGACCGUUUCCUUGUUGGAGAAAUUUCCUAUACAGAUGAACUUGAAGCUUUCGUGGAAACUACUAUAUUCAAAUUUGCCGAUCGCUCAGCCCUGGAAUUUCAAUGCUCGAUAAGCGUGUGUCUUAGAAUGAAUAACGGUUGCGACGGAAUCACGCCACCACAAUGCGAGAAACGUAGCAAAACCAGGAGGUCACCAAAACAAAGCAAUACCAUAACAGCUUCAGCGAAUGACUGGUUGAUCAGUGCUCAGACCAUACAGGUCGUCGAUCUGGAUGACAAGUUCUCUUUAGACUUUUUGUCAUCCAACGAUCAGCCGGAGAAAACAGAAUCUCGGCUGAACAAGUUAAAGUUCGAAAAAGGCAAAGGUUCGAAAGGAUACUGCUUUACUGUGAUCGGAUUUGGAAUCGUUGUUUCUUUUUCUACGUUUAUUUGUACGAUCAUUGUAAUUUUAGCAGCGAUAAUUUAUGCUACUAGAAAAGAUAUGAUUAUUUUUGACAUGAAUUAA